CCUUGAGGUGCUCCUUGUGAAUUGACGUGGCCAUCAGUGGCCAACAUUCUUUAAAAAAAACAAAAAACGUUUUCAUUUGUGAGUGUGGACCCAGUGGCCUCAGGUGCAGCAAAGACUGCACUACAGGACUCGAGGUGGAGCGCCGAGCAGACCAAUCAGCAGACAGUACGAGUCAAACACCGGACCCGUCGAAAAGCAGCAGCUCAAGCCAAACACACCGAACCAAGAGACAGCGCGUGAAGUGCGCGUGAAGUGAGCAGCCGAACCCGGCAGAUCGUCGAAGGAUGGUCUGUGUGGCGUCAUAGCAGUGCCAGCAGCAGCAGGUUUCAGCCAUGCUGCAGCUCCCCUUGGUGGUGACAGCUAAGGUUGACUUGGUUCUGGUCCUGGUGACCCUGCUGGCUUUCUGGACCAGGCUUAGGCACCUCAGCUAUCCCAACGCUGUGGUGUUUGAUGAGGUUUACUAUGGACAGUUCGUGUCUCUGUACAUGAAGAGGGUCUUCUUCAUCGAAGACAGCGGACCGCCGUUGGGUCAUAUGAUCCUGGCUCUUGGAGCGUAUUUAGGAGGAUUUGAUGGAAACUUUUUGUGGACCCGAAUUGGAGCAGAGUACCCCGGCAAUGUGAGUGUGUGGAGUCUGCGGCUGCUGCCAGCUCUGUGUGGAGCUCUCUGUGUUCCUCUGGUUUACCUGUUGACUCUGGAACUUAAGUUUUCUCACCUGUCGGCUCUGGGCACUGCACUCCUACUGCUGCUAGAGAACUCUCUGAUCGUUCAAUCACGUUUCAUGUUACUGGAGUCAGUUCUCAUCUUUUUCGUGCUGUUGGCGUUCCUCUCAUACCUGCGUUUCUACAACGCCCCCUGCAGCUCCUGGUCCCGCUACAGCUGGCUGCUCCUCUGUGGGGUCUCCUGUGCGGCUGCUGUCGGGGUGAAGUACAUGGGUGUGUUCUCCUACCUGCUACUGCUGGGCGUGGCCUCAUGGCACACCUGGAUCCUGAUUGGAGACAAAACAGUCAGUCAUCUGAGUGUGUGUUUGCAGUGUGUGUGUAGAGUUGUGUGUCUACUGGUGGUUCCUGUCCUGCUCUAUGUGUUCUGGUUCUACAUUCACCUGACAUUGCUGAGCCGCAGCGGACCACAUGACCAGCUGAUGAGCUCUGCCUUCCAGGCCAGUCUACAGGGCGGUCUCUCCAGGAUCACUCAGGGUCAGCCUCUUGAAGUUGCUUAUGGCAGUCAGGUGACUUUAAGAAGCUCCGCCUCCCAACCGGUCCCCUGUUGGCUCCACUCACAUAAAGCCAACUAUCCAAUAAGGUAUGAAAAUGGACGGGGCAGCUCUCAUCAGCAGCAGGUCACUUGUUAUCCAUUCAAAGACGUCAACAACUGGUGGAUCAUCAAAGACCCCAGCAGACAGGAUCUGGUGGUCGACACUCCUCCCCGGCCUGUCCGUCACGGUGAUGUCAUCCAGCUGGUUCAUGGAAUGACAUCACGCUUACUAAACAGUCACGAUGUGGCAGCUCCCAUGAGUCCUCACGCUCAGGAAGUGUCCGGAUACAUCGACUUCAACGUUUCCAUGCCGGCUCAGAACCUGUGGAGGGUGGACAUCUCCAACCGGGAGACGGAGUCAGAGGUGUGGAAGACCAUCCUUUCUGAAGUCCAUUUGAUCCACGUCAACACAUCCACCACCCUCAAGCUGAGCGGUGUGUCUCUUCCAGACUGGGGUUUCCGUCAGUUGGAGGUUGUUGCAGAGAAACUGUUCAAAGCUCAGAGCAGCAGUUUGGGUUGGACAGUGGAGGAGCACCGCUAUGGAACCAGUCAAGAGCAGAAGGAGCGGGAGGCAGAGCUUCACUCUCCGACUCGCAUCGAUGUUGACAGAAAAAUUUCCUUCUGGGCCAAAUUCAUGGAACUGCAGUGGAAGAUGCUGACGGUGAAGCAGGAAGAGUCGGAGCACAAGUAUAGCUCCGCCCCCCUGGAGUGGAUCACCAUGGAAACCAACAUUGCGUACUGGCUGCAUGCUUCCACCAAUGCUCAGAUCCACAUGAUUGGUAACCCGGUGUCAUGGGGCGUGGCCAACUUCAGCUUGUUGGCCUAUCAGCUGCUGGCAGCUGUCUACCUGCUGAGGCGGAGGCGGGGUUUCAAAGACCUUCCUGAUGGUGUGUGGGUGCGGUUUGUGUGUCUGGGCUGCGUGUGUGUCGGCGGCUGGUUGGUGAACUUCCUUCCCUUCCUGCUGAUGGACAAAACUCUCUUCCUGUAUCACUACCUUCCUGCCCUGAUGUACCUGCACCUGCUGAGCCCCGCCCUGCUGGAGCAUGUGCACACUCACUUGCUCAGCCGUGGAACUCAGCGGCGGGCUCUGGGUGUGUGUGCGGCUGCGGUGCUGCUGUCCAUCUUCCUGUCCUACCAGACCUUCUGCCCACUGACCUAUGGCAGCCCCGAGCUGUCAGCCAAUCAGCUGCAGGCACUGAAGUGGCGAGACACCUGGGACAUCCUGUACCGCCGCCGCUGAGGGAGCAUUUGUUUUGAUCAUGGUGACUAACAGGUGAUUUUCUGUUUGGAUCGGAACCAGCAGAUCAUCACUUCCUGUUUGAAUAUGAUGGAAAUCAGUGAAAAAAAUUAAAAACAUGUUUAUGAUUAAUAUCAAUAAACUGGCUGGUCUGACGAUAAACUGUAGUUUUCUGUUAAAGGUGGUUCCUUCCCGUCGUCCAUCAGGACUCGGAACAUGUCACAUGACUGAGAAACUGUUUAACUUCCUGUCUGAUGGAAAUGAUGAAGUUACAGAUUCAAGAUCUUUGUCAUUAUGAAAGCAUUACGAAAUGUUGAGGAGUCUCGGUUUAAGCACACAUAAAAAGGAAAACAGAAAAAUAACAGGCACACAUAAAUAAGUAAAACAUAAAGAUAUAAAAUCUUGUACAUAAUAUAAAUCCAGCUUAAGUGUUGAACUACAGGGCAGCUUUGCUUUCUUAGCUGUGGGGAAGAAGCUGUCUCUGACUGGUUUUGUGGUGGUUUUAAUGUUUUUAAUUGUUCCUGUACUGCUUUCCUGAUGAGUCUAGAAGUGCAGGUCCAGAACUGUGGUUCUGAAUCUGUGGUUCUCCGGGUCUAUGGAGAGCUGUUCUAUUCAAAAUCAAAUAAAUAAAUAAAGAAACACUGAAAUUACUAAA